AUGCUGCUCCCCCGGCUCUGCUGGCUGCCGCUGCUCGCGGGGCUGCUCCCGCAGGCGCCCGCGCAGAAGUUCUCGGCGCUCACGUUUUUGAGAGUCGACCAAGACAAGGACAAAGACUGCAGCUUGGACUGCGGGGGUCCCACCCAGAAACCCCUCUGCGCCUCGGAUGGGAGGACCUUCCUGUCUCGCUGUGAAUUUCAGCGCGCCAAGUGCAAAGACCCCCGGCUAGAGAUCGCUUACCGUGGAAACUGCAAAGACGUGUCCAGGUGCGUGGCCGAGAGGAAGUACACCCAGGAACAGGCCCGGAAGGAGCUGCAGCAGGUGUUCAUCCCCGAGUGCAGCGACGACGGCACCUACAGCCAGGUCCAGUGCCACAGCUACACGGGGUACUGCUGGUGCGUCACACCCAACGGGAGGCCCAUCAGCGGCACCGCCGUGGCCCACAAGACGCCCAGGUGUCCCGGUUCCGUAAAUGAAAAGUUACCCCAACGGGAAGGCACAGGAAAAACAGUCUCCUUGCAAAUCUUUUCCGUUCUGAAUUCAGAUGAUGCCUCAGCUCCAGCGUUGGAGACUCAGCCUCAAGGAGAUGAGGAAGAUAUUGCAUCACGAUACCCCACGCUUUGGACUGAACAAGUUAAAAGUCGACAGAACAAAACCAAUAAGAAUUCAGUGUCCUCGUGUGACCAGGAGCAGCAGUCGGCCCUGGAGGAGGCCAGACAGCCCAAGAACGACAACGUGGUGAUACCUGAGUGCGCCCACGGCGGCCUCUACAAGCCAGUGCAGUGCCACCCCUCCACGGGCUACUGCUGGUGCGUUCUGGUGGACACCGGCCGCCCCAUCCCGGGCACGUCCACCAGGUACGAACAGCCGAAAUGUGACAGCACGGCCAGGGCUCAUCCGACCAAAACAAGGGAUUUGUACAAGGGCCGCCAGCUCCAAGGCUGUCCUGGUGCCAAAAAGAACGAGUUUCUGACGAGUGUGCUGGACGCGCUGUCCACAGACAUGGUCCAUGCCGUCUCCGACCCCUCCUCCCCAGGCAGGCUCUCGGAACCUGACCCCAGCCACACGCUGGAGGAGAGAGUGGUCCACUGGUAUUUCAAACUUCUGGAUAAAAACUCCAGUGGGGACAUCGGCAAAAAGGAAAUCAAGCCCUUCAAGAGAUUCCUUCGGAAGAAGUCCAAACCCAAAAAAUGCGUGAAGAAGUUUGUUGAAUACUGUGAUGUGAAUAACGACAAGUCCAUUUCCCUGCAAGAGUUGAUGGGCUGCCUGGGCGUGACCAGAGAAGAAGGCGAAGCUAACACGAGGAAACGGCACACGCCUAGAGGUAAUGCUGAAAGCACUUCUAAUAGGCAGCCAAGGAAGCAAGGAUAAACGACUGACACAUCCAUGGCAGGUCCUAGACACGUGGUCGACUCCCU